AGCGUAAGGAAAAAUUCCUUGUUUACUGUAUAAUAAUCCAUGAGUUAUGUCUGAAUUCAUCGACACAUAUGACUCGGCAGCGACUCAGUUUGGCCGUCUUCGAAAUCCUCGAGAAGACUAGGGGUUAAAAAAAAAGUUUUACUUGUCCGCUACUGCUGAAGAGGAUGACUGCUGUUAUUCUUAUAGUGUCCCGCGUUUGAAUAGCGCGCUUACAACGAGCACUAGAAAGUUAUGGCUACAUGUUUCCUUGUGUAUGAGCGACAAACAGCGGCGCGUGCGGCGUCAUCGUCCGUCGUUUCCCGCAGUCAUCCUCUUCGUAAACUUUCAAACAAAAAACACUUGACAACAAACCAACAGCAAGUACAGAAACCAGUUUGAAGUUUGUUUGAAAUUUUUUUUUUACUGGAAAAAUCCAACUUAAUCCUGUACUACAAGGAUAACAUACGACGUACGCGGGUUAAUUGUGAGAUUUGAAAUUAGAUUUAGGCUUACACCGAUAGAUGGUAGAGAUAAAUAUUUAGUUCCCGUGUCAGAAGCCAUCUGUUAUGUGUUGCUAGAUCUGGCGAGCGACCCCACAUCUUGUGAAAACGAAAUCUAAAACCGCGAUAAGAAGAAAGAUGACAACAGGUUCGGUGAAUAGCCAUGGCAACCAAAGGGUUAUCUUUCUCUCUAUUCUCUCUUUUCGACUAUGUAUUAUACAUGUACAUAAUACUGAUGGUUUUGAAGUCGACCAGAUCGUUCGUCUUAAUCUUUUAUACUGACACUUGCAACUGUCAUUUCUGUGUGAACCCUUGAUCGUUCCUUGUCACUCGAGGAUUCCUUUGCUAUGACAGAUUUCACGAAAACAAUAACAAGAGAAUGGAUAGCAAUCGAAACGAACGACUCCAACGAGGACCGGUUGCUAUCCUUAUCCGUCGAUGAAGAAGACGGUCGAAAAGAGACGGCCCAGUUGAUCAGAAAGGUGUACUGCUUGCUGUCGUUGCGUAUCUUGUGCUUGACGGUGAUAGAGUGCUUCGCCAUCUACGACGAAUCAAUCAGUUCCUUCUUUUCGGGAUCCGGCGGCGGAGUUGUCAUCUUCAUGAUCUGGUUAAUUCAGUUCAUUCUAUCGGGUUACACAUCGCUAUCGGACCGUUUGGGACCGGACAAGCCGUCCAAUCAGAAACGAUUCAUCGCCUUAAACGUCAUGGAAGGUCUGGUUUGUGCCGGAGCCGCUUCCAAUCUUUACCACUCAAACAGCAUUCAGCUCGUCGAUGUUUUGCUGCUGAACGGUUCGUUGGGAAUCUUCCACUCGGGUCACGCGCUCUUCUUCAUGAAUCCCUGGUUGCUCUACCACGGACUUUACGGCGUCGUUUACGCUGCGCUGAGCGUCGGUAUUCCAAUUUUGUUGGCGUUCAAUUUGAACUCGUCAUACGCAGCUUCCGGUAGCGAUCUGUCAGUCGAAGAUGAUCCAUCGGCCAGGAGCACCGAUUGGAAGUCUAUUUCGUGGGUUGAAAUCGCUUGCCUCGGUUGGCUGUGCUGUUUGUGGUAUUCGCUAGAGACGCACGCCGUCGUCACCAAGAGGCAUCGCUUCCGCUUUGAGCGACACCAGGACUGUUUUUUCGUCAUGUUGUGUUUCGCUUACGCCGAUGUUUGGAAUGUUUUCGCCAAGUGCAGGUUAUUCUUCGUGACGAAAUCGAGUGAAACGGAGGCCCAGACGGACCAAGAAGAGUAGCGAGCGACACCCCGCCGUGCGGAUGCUGAACGGCAACUUGCUGGCUGACUUGCGACUCUUUUCAUCCGCGUCGCUUUGUCUUCCCGUCUGGAUUCUUCAAAUGGUUUCUUCGCCCUUACGGCGCUGUGUACUAAUGCACGCUCUCACUAAAAACACACCGGAAGGAACUCGCACGUGAUCCAGGAUCGGAAAUCGAUCAACCAGCAGUCGGAACUCGUGCCGUUUCCCAUUUCCCGACAAUUCGAAAUAUGCACAGUCUUACCACCGAGCAUUCCAGGACCCCGAGCCAUUAAUCAAGGCGUUCUUUUCUAUUUUAGCUCAUUAUCUCUGACUAUACAAGUAUACAUGUAUUCUCUUCUAGUUGGAUAAGGUUUAUGUUGGCUUACUAACAAUCUAUAGGGAUUCCAGGGCUUUUUGCCUAAUAAUGUCGAACAGCAUCCAUCCGAUACUGAAAUCGAGUUUUACCUUCAUGCCAAAUGCAUUUGUGAGCAUCGUGAGUUUACUUUGGGUUUUUCUUUAUCAUCCAUCUUUUGUGUCGAUUAAAUUUAGUAAAGUGCAAUUUAAAAACUGAUUUUUCUUGAGAUUCAUGUAAUUUUUCCGCGUGAAAAUUCGGGAGUGAACUUUAGAUGUGCUCUCUAGUUCUCAAGCUUUUGUGAGUAGUGAACGAAUGUUCCAUCUAGCGAGGGAAUUUAUGUUUGCUUGGUCGAUGGUUUCGGUUCAAUAACGGAAAUGCGGGAAAAUCCACCUGGCAUGUAAAGUAACAAACCCAAAAUAUUUCGUGUACCGUUUCGUUUUGAUUUUUGUUCGCAAUUGUAAAGAGUAGUUCACUGUUCAACGGUUAGUGAUAGACGCAAGGUGAAGAGGCUGAUU